ACAAUACUCGUGGCCUUCUGAUGCUACGAUUAUUGCAAGUGUCAACAUUCGAGGUCUUCUCACUACGACUGCUGACUCUGGAUUCACUAUUGUGAAGGCUCAUGACACUGAGAAUUUAUUGCAUUAUGGUCAAUCAAAGGUUUAUAUAUUGCCUCCGGACAACUUAAAGUUUGUCCCCUCAAGAGUUGAAGUUGAAAUUGGUACAAAGUUAAAGAUUCCUGUGUUUGCUGCUGCAUUUUCUUUACCAGAAAACGACGAUUUAUUGUUUUUUGAUGAUUGUCGCAAAAUGAAGCUUACGAUAUCUGUUAAUGAUCCUUCAAUAUUUCAAGUACUUGGAACAUCAGGCUCUCGAUCCUGUUGACAUUGCUGUUGUCACCCUUGGUUCAGCAAAGAACUUUAUCAUACAAGGUGGACCUCAACCAUGGGUUCAUGAUAGAUCAACACGUUAUGAGAAAGUUCCACGUGAUCUGAAACUUCGUAUUUCAUUGAGAGACAAUAAAAAUCGUUUGUUUGAUAAAUUUACGUCACUUGAAAUUAUUUGGACAAGCAGCAGCUAUGAUAUGGCUUCAUUUGAUCGCAGUAAUGAAACUGACACUGAAAUGACCUAUGAAGAAGAUAUGUUUGGGCCGUACAUGAAAAUGAUUUCCAAUAGUACGAAACUUCCAUCGUUCACAACGAACAUCACAAAGGUCGAAGUUGAAAACGAGUCUCGCAAGGGAAAGAUUCUCUGUAACGUGCUCAGUGCUGAGGACAACGACUACUGGUUCACACGAGAAGGGAAACGCAUAACAAAUAGCAAAAUAUAUCGUUACAAGAAGAAUAGAUAUCUGAGAAUAAAAAAGAUCACAUGGCUGACGCUGGGUGAAUACAUUUGCUGGGCAAGAAACAAGGCGGGAGAAGUGAGCAGAAUAAUAAACGUUGUUGUCGUGGACUCACGUGUAGACAAGAUCACUAAAGAUUUUGCACCCGUUUUUCUAUUUCCGCAUUUGAUAAAAAAGAAACACAAGUACUUUCCUGUUGGAAAACGGUUUUCAAUGAACUGUGAAGCUAAUGGACGACCUUCACCAAAGGUGCAAUGGUACAAAAACGGUCAACUUAUGUCGUAGAUGCCGGAUGGAAAAAAACCCUCUAGCAAACGAUACACAAGUAUUAAUAUUUCACGAUGUAAAUCCAAAAGACGACGGAUCUUACCGUUGUUUUUUAUGGAACAGAGUGGGAAAUAUCUCAACAACAUACACAGUACUAGCAAAAGAAGUCUUGAUAACAAAGCCUCUAAUUACGCAUAUGAAGAACAUCACUGCAUAAGAAGGUGACAACGUGAAGGCAACUUGUAAAGCUUUUAGCGAUAGUCUGCCGCACUUUCAGUGGGCUGUCGUCGAAGGAGAAAAUGCAACUGUACGUGUCCUGGAUCCCAACUUGUGCGAAGACGAAUGUAUAUGGAAAGGUGGAGAUGAACGAUAUCAUGGUGUGCAUAUUCUCUUCAUUAACGCAUACUUAUGUGGUAUCCUUACACCACCAAUAAUUUUGUAGUGUAUUCAUCGCGAUCUUGCUGCCAGGAAUAUUUUAGUUGGUGAAGAUAGUGUAAUGAAAAUUGCAGACUUUGGUUUAGCUCGCGACAUUCAUCAGAUUGACUAUUACCGCAAAACAACUGACGUAUGUAUUCUGUGAAAUUGUGCCAUUAAUCCUGAUAAAUAAUUUUUAAGAAUAUGAAAACAUUUUUUGUCUUUA